GUGUGUGGGCUGAGCGCAGCUGCUCCUUGGAUCAGCAUCUCCCCUGCCUGCUGGUAAAUGUGAGUGAGCGCAGCAACGCCUCCAGCCUCACUAUGGGUCAGGACCGGGGCAGGUACGACUUCUACAUCGGCCUGGCUUUGGCCAUCAGCUCUAGCAUCUUCAUUGGGGGCAGCUUCAUCCUGAAGAAGAAAGGACUUCUGAGGCUGGCUAAGAAGGGAUCGAUGCGGGCAGGCCAGGGUGGUCAUGCAUAUCUUAAAGAGUGGCUGUGGUGGGCUGGUUUACUGUCAAUGGGCGCAGGAGAAGCAGCCAACUUCGCAGCGUAUGCGUUUGCUCCUGCGACGUUAGUGACUCCUCUCGGAGCGCUCAGCGUACUCGUCAGCGCUGUGCUGUCGUCGUACUUCCUGACGGAACGGUUGAACCUGCAUGGGAAGCUCGGCUGCCUGCUCAGCAUCCUUGGCUCCACCACCAUGGUGAUUCAUGCACCGCAGGAGGAGGAGAUCAGCAGCCUUAAAGACAUGGCCAAGAAACUGGUUGACCCAGGAUUUCUUGUCUUUGCCACUUUGGUUGUCAUCGUGGCUCUGAUCUUCAUAUUUGUCAUCAGUCCACGCCACGGUCAGACCAACAUCCUGGUCUACAUCACCAUCUGCUCAGUAAUUGGGGCGCUGUCGGUGUCCUGCGUCAAAGGAUUGGGUAUCGCCAUCAAGGAAGCGAUUGCAGGGAAGAACGUGCUCAACAACCCUCUGGCCUGGAUCCUCCUCUUGGGUCUGGUGGGCUGCGUGAGCACACAAAUAAACUACCUAAACAAGGCUCUGGACAUAUUCAACACCUCUCUGGUGACGCCCAUCUACUACGUGUUCUUCACCACGUCAGUGCUCACCUGCUCCGCUAUCCUCUUCAAAGAGUGGGAGCACAUGGGCGCGGAUGACGUCAUCGGGACGCUCAGUGGCUUCCUCACGAUCAUUGUGGGCAUCUUCCUGCUGCACGCCUUCAAAGAUGUUAGCGUUAGCUUGGCCAGCCUGGCUGUUUCCAUAAGGAGGGAGGAGCGGGCCUGUCCUGUGUCCAAUGGCACGGCGUCCCACUCCACCUAUGAACUGCUACAAAACGAGUCCACAGAGGACUUGGAGGACAGGGACAGGUCUCUGCUUUUUGAUAGCGUCUCUAGAAGGAAUGGAGCGAUGGCCUCCUCUUUAGAUGUUUAAUAUAAAUUUGAUUUUGACAUGGUUUAUAAACAAUGAGACAAUCAGCUGCGGGGGCGAUGUGGACACUGUCUUUGCUUUAAUUUGCCUUAUCACGAUAUGUCAUAUUACACAACUUCAUCUCAUUCCUUUGUAGCUCUAAAGAAGUUUGGUUAAAACGUUUUGAUGCUUUUUCUUGCACCGAACUACUUUGUAUGAAUCAAGCCUCGAGGUGAUAUUCUAUAUUCUGUGUGAGGACCUGCUGAUUUGACUUGUUGUGAUACUUGAACAGUUUACGUUGGUUGUAAUUCAGAAAAAUACACUGGGUGAGGAGUUUUUACACAAGUACUUGACAUACCAACAGAUUUGUAACAUUUAUUGAAUUAAAAUGAUUAAAACAUGAAACAAGGCACUGAAUAAUUGCUU